UACUUCUUUCUUUCUACUUAGCACUCUAAAUUAACUUGAUCUAAUUUUUCGAGUGAAGUAAUUUUGCGAACGGUAUUUGCUGCGAAUUUUUUCUCGUUCAUUAGUGAAAAACGCGUUAAUUACCUGAACAAUUAUUCGUGUAUUUCAUUCGCCAAGAUAGUCAUCGGUUACCGGUUAGUGUUGAAAAUGGCUUCAAUGUUUGUAAUCGGUAUUGAUUUCGGUAACGAAUCGUCGUAUAUAGCAGUUCCUCGAGCCGGAGGUAUAGAAAUCAUCAGUUUCAGUAACACCUUCAGUGUACGGGCUACUAGUACUCCCUCAUAUGUGGCAUUCAGUGAUCGAAACAGAAUUCUCGGAGUGGCGGCCAAAAAUCAGCUAAUACCCAAUCUUAAAAACACCAUCUUCGGGUUCAAGAGGUUGUUGGGUAAGAAUUUCGAUGACCCGGCUAUUCAACACGAUUUACGUUACGCACCAUACACAACCAUUCGUUGUAAAAAUGGUACCAUCGGUGUCAAAGUUUGUUACUUGGACGAAGAAUAUGUAUUCUCCAUUCAGCAAAUAACUGCUAUGUUUUUUACCGAGCUGAAAAAAACCGCUGAAGCGGCAUUGAAAUGCGAAGUCAAUCAAUGUGUGAUAUCAGUCCCUUCGUUUUUCGAUAACGCCGAACGUCUUGCGUUACUAGACGCAGCUACCAUCGCUGGUUUAAAAGUUUUACGUAUAUUCAACGAAACUGCGGCUACGGCGUUAACUUACGGUAUCUAUAGACAAGACCUUCCAACCCCCGAAGAGCCGCCUCGUAAUGUCAUAUUCGUCGAUUUCGGACACUCAUCGUUACAAGUAUCCGCUUGCGCUUUCACUCGAGGUAAAUUGAAGAUGUUAGCUUCGACCGCUGAUUCACAACUAGGAGGACGCGAUAUUGAUAUCAUUCUCGCCAAGAGUUUCUGCGAACAGUUCAAAUCCAAGUAUUAUAUCGAACCGACGAAAAAUCAUCGAGCCAUGUUACGUUUACUCGGCGAAGUAGAAAAACUAAAAGAACAAAUGUCCGCUAAUUCUACGAAAAUACCUUUGAAUAUCAAAUGUUUCAUGAACGAUAUAGACUUACAUGGUGAUCUGAAACGUGCCGAUAUGGAGGAGCUUUGCGCCGGAUUAUUCGAACGUGUUGAACAGACUAUGCUGAAAUGCUUACAAGAAUCCAAGUUGAAGAAAGAAGAAAUACAUUCCAUCGAGAUCGUUGGCGGUUCGAGUCGCGUGCCAGCGAUUAAAUCGCUCAUCGAGAAGGUAUUCGGUAAACUACCUAGUACAACACUGAAUCAAGAUGAAGCUGUAGCUCGUGGUUGCGCUCUUCAGUGCGCUAUGCUUUGCCCGACUACCUCAGUUCGUGAUUUUAGUAUCACCGAUAUUCAAAACUACCUGAUUAGAGUGAUUUAUGAUUCAAAAACUAACGAAGAUUUGGAAGUAUUCCCUAAGAAUCACCCGAUACCGUUCUGUAAGAAUCUUACUUUCUGCAAACGCGAACCUUUUGAAUUGAAAGCUGUUUACGGUCAUAAUAACAAGUUGAUCGGUAAAUUCUUCGUUAACGACGUCAAGCCCGACGUCGAAGGUCAAAACCAGAUCAUUAAAGUCAAUGUCCGUAUCUCUAUCAAUGGUAUAUUCACCGUACCCAACGCGACUCUGACUGAAAAACAAGAAAUCAACGAUCACGGCGAACCGAUGGAUGUAAGUCAACCGCUUCCGGGUUCCAAAUCAGUCGAGAAGGAAAAUUGUAAAAAACGGACUGUAAAAACCACCGAUUUUCCGGUCGAAGUCGAACUAUUCGGAGCUUACUCUUCGAACGAAUUGAAUGACCUGAAAGAACAAGAAUGUAAAAUGAUAUCUACGGAUCGUCAAGAGCGAGACAGAAUCGACGCCCGUAACGCUCUCGUAGAAUACGUUUACGAGCUCCGAGGUCAAUUAUCAUCAUCCGACGAGCUCGGUACGUUUGUACCGGACAAAGAACGGAAAAAACUAUGCGAACAGUUGGACGAAAUUGAGACCUGGGUAUAUGAAGAAGGGGACGAUUGCAAACGUCAGGUGUAUUCCGAUAAGCUCAAAAGUUUACAAGAUUACGUCGAACCGAUUAAAAAGCGUGAAUUCGAGUUCGAAGUACAACCACAGUUGCUGGAAGAAUUUUGCUCAACUUUACAAUUGACACAAAAAGCAGUCGAUCAAUAUAACGCCGGCAUAAAGAGCUAUUCUCAUCUGGAGAAAAACGAAGUCCAAAGGGUUCAAGAGUCGACAAAUUCAGCUUUGCGAUGGAUCGAAGAUAUACGUAACAAAUUGAACGUCGCUUCACGCCAUCAAAAUCUACACAUCACCGCGGAUCAAAUUAAAACCGAAAAGAAUAAAUUCGAACAAGAGGUAACCAAAGUAUUCCAGAAACCAAAACCGCAAUCACCUCCUGCACCCCCCCAAAUAUCUACGGAUCGUCAAGAGCGAGACAGAAUCGACGCCCGUAACGCUCUCGAAGAAUACGUUUACGAGCUCCGAGGUCAAUUAUCAUCAUCCGACGAGCUCGCUACGUUUGUACCGGACAAAGAACGGAAGAAACUAUGCCAACAGUUGGACGAGAUUGAGAACUGGAUCCACGAAGAAGGCGACGAUUGCAAACGUCAGGUGUAUUCCGAUAAGCUCAAAAGUUUACAAGAUUACGACGAACCGAUUAAAAAGCGCAAAUUCGAGUUCGGAGUACAACCACAGUUGCUGGAAGAAUUCAGCUCAAUUUUACAAUUGACACAAAAAGCAGUCGAUCAAUAUAACGCCGGCAUAAAGAGCUAUUCUCAUCUGGAGAAAAACGAAGUCCAAAGGGUUCAAGAGUCGACAAAUUCAGCUUUGCGAUGGAUCGAGGAUAUACGUAACAAAUUGAACGUCGCUUCGCGCCAUCAAAAUCUACACUUCACCGCGGAUCAAAUUAAAUCCGAGAAGAAAAAGUUCGAACAAGAGGUAAUCAAAGUAUUCCAGAAACCAAAACCACAACAACCUCCUACACCACCCCGAGAACCGAGCCAAGAAGAAGUCCCAAAAUGCGCUUCCGAAUCUACCAUCACUCAUUUAACCGCCUCAUUACGCAAACAAAAAUAUUUAAUUCGAAUGAUCGAUUCACUGGAACUCACGGAUAAUCUUGACGCAAAAGAAGCGAAAGUUCAGUCGAAGCAUUAGGAAAAGUUUUACGAGUAAUAUGGUAUUGCAGCUUUGUUUGGAGACACUUCGCUGAAAGUUCAUCGAAAAGCAGACGAUCUCGACACUUCAAUUAAAAAGCAGAAAUCUAUGAUCAAGGUGCUCGAGUCAAUUGAAUCGACAAUGAAUCCGAGUGAGGUUGAAGCUGAAUUAUUGCGCCAUAAUCUCACUUGUUGAUCAGUUCUUGAAAAAUCAUUGCAUGAUAACAAGCUGUGUGAGUGGUUCAGCCUUCUUCGAGCAGUCGCGAAUCCUUGACAACUUAUGACUUUUUUUAAAAAUUUUAUUUUUAUCAAUUCCCAGUUUUUAUUGGUUUUAUUGUUUCAUUUUAAAAUGUUGGUAUUAUAUGUAUUAUUGGAUUAAAUAAAAUAUUAUAUCAUGA